GUAUGUGACGGAACAACAGCACGUCCUCACAAUUGAAGUAGACAGCCUUCUUCGACCAUCUCUAGCCCACGCCGGGCAGGACAGCUCUUCAGCCCGAGCGCAUUCAAGAUGAAGGACUCCCACGACCUCCCAUCAACCAGCGCGUCCGACCACUCCCACGACGAAAAAGACCACACCUCCGACAACGAUGCCUCUGCCCCAACAAAAGAAUCCUUCUCCUCCCCAUCCCAACCAACAAUCCCACCUCCACCCGACGGCGGCUACGGCUGGGUCUGCACCUUCUGCUGCGCCAUGAUAAACGCCCACACCUGGGGCCUCAACUCCUCCUACGGCGUCUUCCUCGCGCACUACCUCCGCAACAACACUUUCCCGGGAGCCGGCCGGCUCUCCUACGCCUUCGUCGGCUCCCUCUCCAUUUCCACCGCCAUGCUCAUCUCACCUUGUGCGACCAUCACCACUCGAAAGUACGGAACGCGGACGACGUUGUUCAUCGGGAUUGUGCUGGAGUGCGCGAGCCUGAUCGGCGCGAGUUUCGCAAAGACGAUUUGGCAGUUAUUUCUAUCCCAGGGCGUGGCGUUUGGGUUUGGCAUGGGGUUCUUGUUUGUGGGCAGCGUGGGGAUUCCGCCGCAAUGGUUUUCGAAGAAGAGGUCUUUUGCGAAUGCGAUUUCCGCGAGUGGGUCCGGGUUUGGAGGGUUGGUGUACUCUCUCGCGGCGGGCGCGAUGUUGCAGUCGAUCGGACUGGCGUGGACGUUUCGCGUGCUGGGGAUUGUGGCCACGGGGGUGAAUGUCAUUUGUGCGCUGUUGAUCCGGGAUCGGAAUAAGAUUCUCAAUUCGAGGCAGAAUGCUUUUGAUUGGAGGUUGUUUAAGAGGGCGGAGUAUCUCCUGCUGUGUGCGUAUGGGUGGUUCUCGAUGUUGGCGUACGUGGUUCUCAUCUUCUCUCUGGCCAAUUACGCCAAUGCGAUUGGACUGUCGGCUUCUCAGGGAGCGGUGGUCUCGGCACUCCUCAAUCUCGGUCAGGCACUCGGACGACCUCCCAUUGGAUUCUUCUCAGAUGCAAUCGGUCGCAUCAACAUGGCCGCUGCGAUGACCUUCCUCGCCGGCCUGUUCAGCUUCGCAAUCUGGAUUCCUGCGACUUCCUACGGCGUCCUCAUCUUCUUCGCUCUGAUCGGCGGUGCCGUUGCGGGAACAUUUUGGGCGACCAUCGGUCCCGUGGCGGCAGAAAUCACGGGUCUGAAAUACGUCCCGUCAGCUCUCAAUUUAAUCUGGCUGGUCAUCGUCCUUCCAUGUACUUUCAGCGAACCCAUUGCGCUCGAGAUCGUGUCCGGGACGGGUUCAUACCUCGGAACGCAGCUGUUCGUCGGAUUCAUGUACUUCGCUGCGGCGGUGUGUUUGGUAUUACUGCGAGGGUGGAAGAUGGGCGAGCUGGACGAGCUGGCGAGGUGUAAAGGGAGUGACGGCGAGGAGGUGGACGUCGUGGAUACGGGUGCUUUAGGCGAGGCGAUGGAGGAUCGAGCGAGGAGGGUGGGGAGGAAGAGUAUCUGGACGGAAUGGUGGAGAUGGAGGAAAGUGUAG